GCAACAUUCGCAUGCUAGAUAAGGUCUGUCCUUUCUUUUGGCAGGAACAUCGAAGAGUGAUAGGAUAAGUACGGCAAGGCUUGCAACAUGACAAAUAAAAAGCCGAAGACCGGCCGAACUCGCCGGAACAAGUCUAAAUCAAAGACUGACAUCGGAGAAGUCAUAGAGUCAAAUCCGGCACCGACACCAAAACCUAAAACCAAACAGAAAAAAAAAUUAAAUACGGACAAAACUAACAAUCUUGACCAACAAAAGCUGACAUUUGAACAGAUACAUCGUCUGCAACAAACUGUGCUCGAUUUUAUAAAAGGAGACGAGCUGUGCCAAGAGAUAUUCGGCUUAAGCAAUAUGGAGCGUAAAGAGAUACACCAUUUUGCUAGGCAGCAAGGCGUAAAAACGCGCAGCCGUAACGAUGCCGGCGACCGAGUGCUAACACUCAGCCGCAGCAAUACCUAUCGCUUGAACGCGUGUCUCGACAAUGUGAGGCUGUCGGUGACCUUGCAGUUCCGCCGUGUUCUUCACAAGGCACUAAACGAGCUGGGCCGCCGCAGGACAGUGCCCAUGCAGUCGCAACGUCGCAACGAGUCGCUCGUCCAAACUGGAGGUCUGCUGGGCAUACCGCGCGUGCCGGCACUUUCGCGCUGCACUAAUGCAACGCUGACUGCCGAACGCAAGGAUCUGCCCAUAUAUACAAAGCGCAACCGCAUUUUCCAACUGCUUGAAAUGUCGCAGGUACUUAUUAUUAACGGCGCCACAGGCUCCGGCAAGUCGACCCAAUUGCCGCAGUAUCUGCUCGAGGAUGCGGCAGCCAUGAAUAAACCGGUGCGCAUUGUGGUCAGCCAGCCGCGCCGCAUUGCCGCCAUCAGCGUGUCCGGGCGCAUUGCCGAAGAGCGUGGCGAGUCGCUCGGCGACACCGUGGGCUAUAUAAUACGCAUGGAGAGCAAGUACAGCAAUAAUACUGUGCUGUCACUGACCACAAGUGGCUGCCUGCUGCGCACCCUGGCCAUGAACGGGUCCGAGUUCUUUGAGAAUACAACACAUCUGGUUAUUGAUGAGGUCCACGACCGCGAUCUGGACACAGACUUCCUACUACUAGCCAUUAAGUUAGAGCUCGAGCGUAACAAAUCGCUCAAGGUGAUACUCAUGUCGGCCACCAUGGAUCUGUUGGCCUUGUCCAAAUACUUUGAUGAUGCACCCGUCCUCAAUGUGGAGGGUCGUAGCUUCAAUGUGCGCGUCUAUUCGCUGGAGGAUAUACUGCACAUAACUGGCUACUUGACUCCGCAGAUGUCGAGUCUGCUGGGCAAUCACAAGAAUCUUGAGGGCGAGCAGCUGUUGCGCGCCUAUUCCCUGGCUCACAACAUCAACGAGAUGGAUAUUGACAACUCGUUGAUUGUGUCGCUGUUGCAGGUGCUGCUGCUCAUGGGCAUGAAGGGCGCCGUUAUUGUCUACUUGCCUGGCUACCAGGACAUGACCAAAUUGAUGGAUCAGCUGCAAACGGCUCUGCCCACGGACUUGAUCAAAGUCCUGCUACUGCACAGCCAGGUCGACAGCCAGAGGCAGAGGGAUGUCUUUCGUGAAUAUCCAAACGUCCAGCUCAAGGUGGUGCUCAGCACCAACAUUGGCCAGACCUCGAUCACCAUACCCGAUUUGCUGUAUGUGAUCGAUACGGGUCGCGUCAAGAUGAAGACCUACGACCCAUCGACUAGCGCCUCACAUCUGGCCUGCACCUGGAUAUCCAAGGCGGACGCACAGCAGCGCACCGGACGUGCCGGCAGGCGUAAGGAUGGCAUUUGCUAUCGCCUGUACAGCAACGCUCAGUUCGAGUCCUUCAAUUGCUUCACCGUGCCGGAGAUUCUGCGCCAUACUCUCGACGAGAUCUGUCUCUUGGCCAAGAUUGCAGCCCCGAACAAGCCCAUCGAACAGUUCCUGGCCCAGGCUCUGGAUCGUCCGCAGCCCGCCGCCAUUGCCCAGUCGUGCGCCAUGCUAAAGCUCUUGGGCGUGCUGCGCGAUGAGGACGAAAGCGUCACCCAGCUGGGCCAUAUCAUAGCCCAGCUGCCGCUGGAUGUGCAGCUGGCGAAGUGCAUGAUCUAUGGCAUCUACUACCAAUGCGUGGGCAGCCUGAGCAUCAUUACCGCCUACUACUCGGUGCGAGAUCCGUUUGUACUGCCCAGCGAUCGCUCCGGACGCACCGAGCAGCGCAAGUCGCGCGACUUCUUUAGCAUUGAGACGUCCAGCGAUUCGAUUGGGGUCCUUCAACUAUAUCAUGCCUACAUGUCCGCUGACACCAGGGGCAGCCGCGAAAUGGACCGAUUCUGCGAGAGGAACUGCCUCUGCCGCAAAUCCAUGGAUAAUUUCGUCUCAGCUGUGCACACCCUGCGCCUCACUCUGACGCGCUUAAUCAAGUUCGUAGACAUGCGUAUGGCCUACAGGUAUGACAACAACUUAAACAUGGUCCGGCUUGCUCUGGCAGCUGGCCUUUAUCCGCGCAUCGUCUACGUCGAUCAUCCGCGUCACUCCCGUCUGGUCGACGAGAGCGAUCCGCGUGUCCAGCUCUCUCGCAACUCUAUCUUGCCGCUAUGUUUCGCGAAGCGCGCCAAGAGCAACAUGAGCGAAUGGCUCGUCUACGUGGAGAAGACCCGCUCGGCCGGCCUCGUCUCGCACAUUGAGCAUGCCACGCUGAUCAGCACCCUGAUGGUGGCGCUGCAAUGCGGCAAGACAGUCAAACUGGAGCAAUAUGUGCCGGAGCUGCUGUUCCACGAGGACGAGACCUACAAUAAAGUGGAGCAAAGCAUCCUGCGCCUGGACUCCAACCUCAGCAUUCGCCUCUCCACUGAGCUGGGCUCCAACCUGAUCAGGCUGCGCUCCCACAUUGCCCGGGAGUUUGAUGAAAUGGUCGCCUCCCGCACCAUGGUGCCCUCACGCUGUCCAUCCGUCGACUAUGUCCAGAGACUGCUGGCCCUCGACACCGACAUGUCGGGCCUAUCGGCCACCGACAUUAUAUUUUACUAAAAAGACGACAGUUUUUAACUUAGCCAAGGUCAAAUGGCCUUGCAGCUUAUUUAUGUUUUUAGUUGAAAUUUGACUAAAACUUUCCAUUUCAAUCCAAGUAUGGAGAAUGCCAAACAACUGUGACAUGGUGACUUUUGUUGCCAUGACUGCAUUUUCGAUAUUUUUUUGUAGUAUUUAGUGUACCAAUUGCAAUUCUGUGAAAUCAAAGGACUAGUCAGAUCCACUCAACCACAACACCAACGCAAUAAUGUCUUGAACAGCCUUGACUCGAACUACAGCCACUCACUGUAAAUCCCAUCUUGAAUUGUCAACACCCACGUGAAUCGAUUCAUCAAAUGAAGUCUAUAUCAAAGUAUGUACGCAUGAUAUAGAUGUGCAUGUUGACAUUCCGAAUGUAUUUGUAUGUCCUAAGAUAUUUCAUUUCAAUCAUUUAUGUAUAUAUGUAUACAUGUU